CUUAAGGCAUCAUGCCAUCCUGCAUGGAACUUUUGCCUUUUUUACGAUCGCGAUUGUAGACGCGUGCGGCGUUAUUUCUUUCUUGUACUUUUUCUAACAGCGUAAUCGUUUGCACUCCUGAAUUUCGAGUUUACCAAAAUUGAUUAGAAAAAUAUCGUUCACUUUUGGGUUUUAUAUGAUUACGCGUGCACCAAGUAAACUAUGAAACUUUUUACAUAAAUAGUGAGCUAAGCCAGUGUUGGAAUAGCAAUAAAGUGAGUGACGUUUGUAAAUUCUUAGUUAGUUAUUUAGUGAAUACGUUUUCAAUAAAGUACAUGAGCACAAAAGUGCUAGAACACGUGUAUUAGUGGACGUUUCCGACCAUGUGGCACUAACGGUCAAAGUCAACGUAAAUAUGAGGAUGAUAACUACGUGAAGUACAGACUGCGAAGAUUGAGAUUCCAUUGAUAUUUUUUGCGCUUGGUCACCUUCACGAUUUUUUCAUCUUCACACAUUCUACGUCAGAACGAUAUUAUCGUAUUAACUUUUGUGUCGGUCUAUUGUCGAGAUGAUUGAUCGGAAAGGAAGGAGCCGUUACAUCACAAUCAGUGUCUUACACAUUAUAACUCUAAUGUGCCAAGCUCUAUCCGAUAAACCAAUGUUCGCUGAGCCGAUUCCAAAUGUUACUGUAGCCUUAGGAAGAGAUGUGAAUCUGCCAUGUGUGAUUGAAAAUUUGGGAACUUAUAAGGUUGUGUGGAUACAUGUCGGUAGACAGAUGCUUGUGUCAGUACAUAAGCACGUUGUUACGAAAAUUCCUAGAUUUUCAGUAUCUAAUGACAAUCACAAAACUUGGUUAUUACAUAUUCGAAGCGUUGAAAGAAAUGACCGGGGUUACUACAUGUGUCAAGUAAAUACGGAACCAAUGAUGAGUCAAGUUGGAUUUCUCGAAGUCGUUGUGCCACCCAACAUAUUGGAUUCGAUGUCAACAUCUAGUACAGUAGCCGUACGCGAGCACCAGAACGUUACACUAACCUGUAAGGCCGAAGGAUAUCCAACUCCAAAGCUCAAGUGGAAACGUGAGGAUAAUCAGGGAAUACUUGUCGAUCGUCGGACGAAAGUGAAUACGUACGAAGGAAAGCAACUCAAUUUGACUAAAAUAACAAGGAGUGAAAUGGGAGUAUAUUUAUGCAUAGCCAGUAAUGGAGUGCCACCAACAGUUAGCAAAAGAAUAAUCGUUGAUGUUGAAUUUUUACCAAUGAUUUGGGUGCCUAAUCAGUUAGUUGGUGCACCAGCCGGAACUAAUGUAACCAUCGAUUGUCAUACUGAGGCUCAUCCACGAGCUAUCAGCUAUUGGAUGUUCAAUAAUUCCAUGGUUUUAUCAUCCGACAAAUACUCAGCGGAUAUCAAGGAAAACAGCUAUAGAACUCAAAUGCGUUUGACCAUAAAAAACCUGCAGCCUGGCGACUUUGGAAACUACAGGUGCAUUAGUAAAAAUUCACUCGGUGAAACCGAAGGGUCGAUCAGACUUUACGAAUUUUUGAAACCCUCGGUGCCUCCAAAAGCCACAGAAAUAAAAAGCAGCGCGAACAAAGAAGGUCGCAAAAGCACGACUGCCUCGCCCAGACGGACAACGACCAUUUGGCCGGCACCCUAUACCCCGUAUUAUCCGCGGCGUACCGAGCGGCCAAGCCACCGGGAAAGCGCUGAUUACGAAGACAAGCGAGGACGCGGCAGCAGUAGCGGUGGCAGUGCUAGCUCUAACGCUUUCUUGGGAAGCUCAUACAUCAUCAGAUGGAGUGCACCUCAGCUGAUGGUCGUCGCUGUGCAGUACAUCUUGACUGGGCCGUACAUACCGCCUUAUGUUCCUCAGACCGCGAAUUGAGUGAGCGCUUCUUUCUCGUCGUCGUCGACGUCGUUUCAUCACUGAAUUUAAACGACAGCCGAUCGUCAACAGUCAGCAUACCAAGUCUUGUGACAACUUGGUAAUUCUAUUUUAAUGCCAAUAUUCUCUUGGAAGCCAUACGAAUUCGCCAUGUUAGUUCGGCACAUUCUCUGCUCUCAAGGAUCGUGCCACUCGUUAUGUGACGCCAAUCAUGAAUCAUCGCUUUUCGUUGUUCUACAAAGUGUAAGAGGUGAUGAGCUCGAUUUAUUCUUACAGUUUUCAUGGUGAAAUCGUGAAAAGUAGAGGAACAUUUGUAAAUUUGAUAUAGAAAACGCUUAUAUUGAUUGAAUACCUCAAGAUAUUGCUAAUUUGGUAACGAAACAUAAAAAGUUUUAUAAUACUGUGUAUCGAAAAAAACUUUGCGUACAUCGGUAUAUUUUUAUGUCAAUUUGAAGGGUGCAAGUUUGCAUCGACUGCCAAUAAAUAUACAAAAUUCCAUGAAAGUAUUUAAUUAGACUUCAGUACAAUUUUUGAAAAAAAACUUGAAAAAUAUAUUAUAACUUAAAAAAAACACGACUACUUCUAUUUAUAUUUGCCGCUUUCAAGUUUUGGAGGAUUGAUAUUCCUUACUUUUUUUACUAGAUGAAUCUUAUCGAAUUGAAAUUGAAAUGAUAGGAAACAAAUUUUAAUUAACACAAAAUAUUAUCUUAGUCUUCGGCAGUGAAUCACUUUAAUAUUGUCAUAAAUCAAACAAAAGUUAAAAAUAAUCAAGGAAACAUUUUUGUGAUAUAACUAGAAUAUUGUAUAAAUGCCAUCACUUCUUAUCUCUAUUAUAUCAAAAAUAUAAAUAACGAAACAUUUCAAUUGAAUGGUCUUGAUUAUGCUCGAUUGAUCAGUCGAUGUAUUUUUGUUUCACGGUAGUAGAGUUUAGAGUAUAUUUCUAAAGCCAAUUCAAUAGUUCUGGACAAUAUGUUUUACGGCACCAACGAGCACAUAAAUGGUUUUCAUUAAAGCAAUUAUGCGUUUGACUGCCAACUUUCCAGUCAUAACAAAGUUUCCGCAGCUUACUCGUACACCUGCAAAUUGUUAGUCGAAUUAAUUCUGCUUUCCACAGCAAAGCUUCAUCGUUUUCAUUCUUCGACGCACGUUAGUACUCACCGUGCAACGAGAUGAAUGAUAAAAAAAAAGUCAAACUCUCAAAAGUAUGCAUAGACAAUGAUGGUUUCGCAGUGAAAGCUCGUUUUGUCAUUGAAAAAGCCCGAUGAAAGUCGUUUACGUCAGGAUCGUAGUACGCAGGCAUGAAAGGCGCGCGUAGACAAGGCUCGACAAAAGCUGUGCGGCCGAUAAGAAGCUCAGCCGGCGGAAGUGUCCGUGCGUGAUGCGGAGGCACAGAGGAAGCGUUAAAUUCCGCAUCUCGCGGACAGUGAUCCCCGGAUUCCCAGUCUGCUAAUAUAGCGCGCGGAGAGAUACACGGAGAGUGGGAGGGAGGGAGAGAGAGAGAUGGCGCGCGAAUAUGAAACGACUGCACGCACGCGGCGUACGCUAGGGGGUAGUAUCGGACGGUAAUCUAUAGUGUGCCGGUGACUCGUCGUGCGAAGGGAUGCUGCAGGAUUAUGUUAAGCGACGCGUAAGCGUCCCACAGUCCGCGCCAACCGACCUGUAACAGAGAUACUGCCACGUUGACGCCGUUACGUAUAACGCGUAUACACCUAUGUGCAGUCGCAGCACUACACACGCACGCGUUUCCAGCAGCUCACGCAUGUUCAUAUUUAUAUACUGCCUACUGGAGGCCGUUUAAUGGUCAUUGCGUAUCAGUGGCCAUUCGGCGCCAUUGAAGCUUUGUGCACGGCUGCUGCUGAUGCCGUGUCCACGCAACUGGAGAGCUGCUCGUCGUCAGCGACAUUACCAUUUACAAUGCAAACGUUUCUACAAAACGUACAACUUGUUCGCGUAUCGCAGCUCCUCCCCCGAAGCCCUUGUCAACAUAAUAUAAAGUUUACGCAAAUUCGCCCCGUAAUGUAGCGGCAUCUCGGUGAGAGCAUCGCUGAAUCUGAGCUAACCCGAGGAUACUUUGUGUGUCGCGCUCGCGUGACUUGCAAGUUUUGCCUGACCCGCGCCACGUGAAUUUUAUGGAUGAUAUAUUUCGUUACGAGUCGCGCUGUAAACAUUUUCAGCUUUGCGAUAGCUUUCAUGUAUGCCAUUUUAAUUCGCGCUAUUUGCGGUUACUCCUGAUUGUAUGGAGUUAUUUUACUUGAUAAUAUUGCGCGCGCGUCCGUGUCGUGUGUUGCGCGUCGCCGCUGAAUCGAUUUACUAAUGACAUUGUAAUCUUUGAUUUUUGCAGCCGAUACAGAGAUCGUACAGAUAUUUCCGAUGCUCAGUUGCGGCUAUUCGAGUUAAUUUGUUUUUUCACUUUUGCGCAGCAAUUGGUGUAGUCUGUGCCAUUUCGAAACGCCCAAUAACGUAUAUCGUCCAGCUGUACGAAAGUACGUAAAUUUACAAUAGCGUACGUGUCUGAAGGCGUUUAAAAACAUCGAAGCAAGCGUUUACGCGAGGAUUAUUUUCCAAAAGAUCUAGACUUCUUACUAUUUAUGAGCUAUUACGCAAUGCGACUUGGUCUAUUUGGGAGCGUCGCUCGCGCUUCUUCUCUCAGCCCAACAACCAAGUCAAUUUUACGAGCAGCAUUACCCGUCCGCCCACAACGUAAUAAAGUGUCGCUUCGUUCUACAAUAGCACGCCAAAACAUAGACGUACCGGAGUAUCAUGCAUCACAUUUUUUUCCAGAUAAACGGAGGAAAAUAUUUUUUCCUGGUAUUUAAUACUUGCUUGUCUGAAAAUUUGCCAAAAUGCUCUCGAGGCAAUUUGAACUAAUCAUGCGAACGAACGAUAAAAAAAAGGACAAAUUGAUAAAAUAAUUGAGGGGUAUCAGUUCUCCGAAUAUGACACGGCAGAUGAGUAUUAGAGCUUCAGAGGAUGAUGCAUUAGCCUAAACUCGUUAACGAAGCAUCUGCAUUGGCUUAUGUCAAUGUGAAUUUGAGCCAAACGACGCUUAAUGUAGUCCCAUCGAACAAAGAUCUAUCCUGCGCUCCACGCGCUACUGCAAGCGUUUCAGGCUUAAGUUAAGCUCGAACACGUAGCACUCUUGGGCGCAUGAGCAUGGCCCAAGAGCACCAACGAAAGUACAGAAAUAUCUAAAUAUACUCACAUACGCACUUAUACAUUUGACUCCGAGUUAAUGUACAUCACAUGUCACUCGUGAAACAUAAACUCAUCCCCUUGCCGUGUACGUUAAGAGUGCUCAUCUUUUUUCUUUCUUCGACUUUAACGCUAGCUGCUUUUUCUUUACUUUUCACUCCAACACACUUUUAUUACUCUUUGUUAUGCUAGGUUACUGCUGCUCUUGUCCGGGGAACAGUCAUAACAACAAAUACGCAACAAUCGCUGUAACCUUUUUUAAUGAGUAAAUUUCUCGCGACAAAUCCGAAAAAUUCCCUAUUCUCAUGACUCUGCAUUUGAAAAUUCACGCAAAAAGUAAAUUAAUACCACUAUCAUAAGUAUAAGUUGCUAUGGGCAGAACAAGAAAAACGCUUACACUGCGCGAACAUGAAAUGACGAGCGCAUGGGUUUUCCCUACAGUUGUGCUUAGUUUGUAUUUAAAGUUAAAUAUAGUACCCUCAGGAUGACCUCCGACUUCAAACGAGUAGAAAAAAAUUUUUAGUAUUAGCUUAAUCAUAAUAUUCCAUUUGACCUAACAUCUAUCAAUUUUGUAGUAACAGAAAAAACAAUUCUGUACCUUCUCACUUUCAGAUAAAUUUAUUUUCAUUUUUUUUUUCAUUGCUUUCAAUAUGCAUGCAGUAGGUAAAAUUCAAAUUUUGCUAGUUCAAAGUAAACUGUGGAAUUGUUCAUGUGCGAUAAGAGCAAACUAUAUUAGCCGGAUCGAGACAUCAAACGGACUAGGGUGCAAAAAGGUCUUGGUCCUGGAUUUGCUAAUAAGUUAGACUGUUGCAUCUGGCAUCUAGUAAGCUAGCGCACAGCAAUGAUUCCGAAUGAGAGUUAGCGAAAUUUUCGUGGGAGACCAGUAAAAUCCACUUGCGCACAUGGACGACAGACGCGCGCACCAACGUCAAUUUCGUUGGCCGCAAAAGCUCGACCAAGCGCUUUGACAGUCAAACUAACUAACUUCUCGUGGUCGCGAACGCGACUGUCGAAGAAAAAGAGCGAAAGACAAAGUCUUUACCCCCAUUCCCUAUUUAGUGAAAGUGCUAAAUAAGCAGACACUGCGUUAGUUCUGACUCCCUCAACCUUUCUGCCUAUAUACACCCAUACAUAUGCGCAAGAAUUAAUUCACGCACGAGUUCAACUUACUCACUUCUCGUUCUCUCUUCUUCUCUUCGCCGCAGAAACAGAAUCUAUCUUGCCUCUUCGUUCUUUUUCGUUAUUGAGUUAAAGAGUUACACCUUCAAAUGAACCUACUUCCGCGCAGAUCCAUUAAAGUUGGUGCCAAGCCUUUUAGAUGAAGCAUACACGCGAUUUUAUUUAACACGAGUUUAACGCGAUAGAACUUUUAAUGUUUAAUUUGAUUCACAUCUGUCAUGUAUCUCAUUUUUUGCAAGAUUUUUUCACCUGUUGCGUAUGGAAACGCAUCAGAUCUUUUAAUAACUGAAUUUUAGGCAAGCAAUUUUUUUGCAUUUAAUACUCUCCAAGGAAAAAAAGUAAUAAAUUGUGACACGUAUGAAAAAAAAACAAAAACGUGUUCAAACGCUGAAUAAGUCAUAUCUGAUGGUAUUCAAUGAAAGCACAUGGUUAUAUUAGCUUAGAUUGAAAUCUAAAAAAUUAUGACAUUUGAAAUGUUUCGUCGUAUUUGACAGACAGUAACAUAAAAACGAUUGAAAGUAUUAUCGCUUACUUUGAAAUGCUAUAUGUUAAAACAGAUGAUGCUUAUAAUUAAUAAAUUAUAGAAAAAAUAAUUGGAAAAAUAAUUUUAUAAAAUAAGUUCUUGGUGCUUGAAAUCUGAUUGCAAAAUAAAAUAUACCAUUUGAAUUUAUGCUUUUAUGUUGAGAUUGUAUUAAUAUAUUUAUGCUUAAAAUAAUUGUAAAUAGAAUUGUGUAUAAAUUAAUCAUAGUUAUGUGUACAAAUAUACAAAAUAAAAAUUAUCUUAUCAGUUUUCGCCGGUUAAAAAGUGUAAUCAUACUAAGGUAAUAUUACGAACUAUACCGAUAAAAUAAUAACUAUCUAUAAGCGUGGUAUAAUAUUGCGUUUUAAUUGUGUGCAAGAAAAAGUUUUUUCGGUGAAAAUUUAUUUUAUUUUAGUGACAUGUGAUGUAAAUAUUUUCAAAUAGUAAAAAGUGCCAAAUUAUAUACAACUUUGCAAUAUUUCAUGUUAUUUGUACAUUUUAGCACGAAAAUCACUAUAUGAUUUAAAAAAAUGGUUGAACAUUAAAAAUGUAUGAAUGUAAUUUUCUUGUUACUCGAGUCUUAUUUUUAACGUAUCUUAGUUAUUAUUGUAAUGCAAUAAACUGUAAUCACAUGAUAGAAUAAGGAAUUAGUCAGCAAUUUAAAAAAAAUCAUCCGGCAUUGUGUACGUCCAGUAUUUGUUUAGAACAUAUAAUUAAUAAUCAAAUAAAAUACCAUUUUGUUGCGAGUACAUAAUUCAUAUUUUAUCCUGUAAAUAAAAUAAUGUGAAUAUAUUUAUAUAAGUAAUUGCUAAGCUUGCGAAAAAUAAUGAAUAUUGUUGAGAGCGACAGGAGUAUUCCAUAUGAAAUAUCACCUUGUGCUUAAGUAUGUAUAUUCUUAUCAAUAGAUAUCAAAUCGAAUAGUAAGUCAGUGUCCCUAAAUCAGAAUCAUUACAAUAAAAAUAGAAAAUCAACAAGUGGGUAGUUUUCUAUGUUAGUUUUCACAUUUCCCACUACAGGAACAUUCAAUUAAUUGUAUUGUAAAAGCACUGUACCUCGCUCGUUUAUGAUUACUUGGAUUUUCACACAUAAAACAACAUACUUGCAUCAAUGAAGAUUUGUUUUUUCCAUCAUCUGUUAUUUUUCAUAAUGUAAGACAUAAAAAAUUAAUGUAAGAAUAAAUAUUUUGUUUUUUAUUUGUAAAAUAACUUCUAAAAAUGAUCAAAAGUACGAGUAAAGAGGGAUUUUGUGUACUCUCAAAAAAAUUUGCCAGACAUUUUGUGAUA